AUGGACGUUUCUCAAUACAAUGAGCCUCCUGAUCUAUCAACGACUGACUCGAAAGCUUAUCACGAGCAAUUAAUUGAUGGACCUGUAAAGCUUUUUGUAGGUCAAGUACCACGAACAAUGGAAGAAAAUGAUUUACGUCCUGUGCUUGAAGUUUUUGGUCCACUGGAAGAUUUAGUCAUCAUUCGGGACAAAAUUACAGGCGCUCAUCGUGGUUGUGCGUUUGUUUCGUACUUUACGCACGAUGCCGCUGAAAAAGCUGUGCAUGAAUUGCAUAAUAAAGUGACAUUGCCUCAGAGUAUUAAUCCAUUGCAGGUUCGACCUGCUGAAGGACAGGCAGGUGCGUCUCAGGAGCAUAAAAUGUUUAUUGGGAUGAUUCCCAAGACAGCCGAUGAAGCAGCUAUUCGUGAAGUUUUUGAGGUUUUUGGCAGUAUUGAAGAAGUGUAUAUCCUACGCCAUCCAGCUACUGGACAAAGUAAAGGGUGUGCGUUUCUAAAAUUCAAGGAACGCUCAUCAGCACUUGCUGCUAUUGAAGAAGUCAAUGGAAAUGUUACGAUGGAGCGUGGAACGUCGCCGCUUGUGGUAAAAUUUGCUGACAGUCGUCGACAGCGUCUUCAGCGUGCACGGAACUUGGCUGCAGCAGCAAACGCUUACUGGCCGUUGCCUCCUGGAGCUGGCAUGGCUUUUCCGCAAUUGCAACAAUUGCAGCAGCAGUACAUGCAGCAGAUGCAGGCUUUUGGAGUACAGGCUGCUGCAGGGCUAAACCCGGUAAUAGCUGGUCUUGGUUCGCCUGUUGGAGCUGUUGCCGGUGGUGCGGGAAGUCCUACGAACUCGUUCAUGUACUACAACCCGUAUGGGUUUGCUGCUGGCGCGGCUGCUCCGUACGGAUUCGGCGGAAUGCCGAAUAUCAGCGGUGGUGCUGGCUUUGACAUGCAGUCGAGUGGCAUGGUUGCUGGAUUGGACAUGCAAAGCCAGAGUGGGGAAGGAGCAGCCAAUGCUUCGCGUACGAUUAGCCAACUUGAAGGUCCUACAGGCGCUAAUCUGUUCAUCUACCACUUGCCGCACGACCUGACGGAUGCUGAUUUAGCGACUGCAUUUGCGCCGUUCGGGUCUGUUAUCAGCGCCAAAGUGUAUAUGGACAAGAUUACGGGCGAGAGCAAGGGCUUUGGAUUUGUGAGUUAUGAUAGUGCGGACGCUGCCGAUGCGGCUAUUGCUAGCAUGAACGGGUUCCAGAUUGGCACCAAGCGGCUUAAAGUCCAACACAAGCGCAUUCAUCAGAGAAGCGACUACUUUGGCGGUGACUCGAAUAGCAGCCUCGGCGGUCAUGACGACGAUCUGGCGAGCAUUGAGUACCAUCAGCAGACUCACCAGGGCAUCCAUGGUCUGGAUGACGGUCUGCACUCGCACAGUGAUGAUAGCGACGCGACGUCUCUGAGCGAAGCCGCAGAAGUCAACAACGGCGUCGACACGUCACUAGACGAGGCCGUGCAGAACCUGCGCAUUGACGCGUAA